CGAUGAGGCGGAGUCUGGGGAACCAUGGAUGCGCAUUGAGAACUAUUAAAGCACAGCUUCGGCCGAUCCUUCGUCACAGUGAAACAUAUUGUUCGGUCGGACGACUUGCUAACCUGGAUUCAAUUGAACUUUAUCCUUUAUGUUUUUCAAUCCCCUCUUUUAAUAUUCGUUACAUACAGCCUUGCCAUAAUGUGCGAUACAAAGGACCAUGAGACAACACAGAUUGAUGUGACUGCAGAAAAGCCGAGCCAGAGUUCCCAUGCAGUCAUUGUGGGGUCCGAGCAGCUCAAGAACUUUGAGAAGUAUCAGCAUUCGCUAACCCGGCUGGAGGCUUUCAAACAAGAAUGGAAGUGUAUCAUGUGGUGCAUCUACAUGUUCUUUGUCUGUAUUCUGUUCGGAUUUGAUGCCCUGGCCGGAGGCGUCGUCGUCUCAAUCGAGCAAUUCAGAGUCCACUUUGGCAAGCCAUUCGAUGGCGGAUACGUCGUCGAUGCAAAUUGGCAGCUUGGUUUCCUAGCAGCCACGCUUUUCGGUCUUGUGUUUGGCGGACUAUGUUCCUCUGUCGGAGUAGCCUACCUUGGCCGCCAAAUCACUCUUGGGAUUGCGUACUGUAUAAGCAUUGCUGGCGUAUGUUUGCAAUAUUAUGCUAGCAAUGACGCACAGUUCUUCGGAGGCAAGAUUUUGACCGGAGUUCCUCUUGGUAUUUUCACCUCGGUUGCUCCUUCGUACGCUUCAGAAAUGGCACCCCUUGUCAUCCGAGGCGCCAUAACAGCGGGUAUGAACUUCGCCACCGUGCUUGGACAGCUUAUUGGCUAUGGAGUCAUGAGACAGGCAAGCUUCUAUCCUGACGAACGCCAGUACAAAGUUCUCUUCGCAACUCAAUGGGGAUUUGCGGCUGUUGGUCUGCUUCUACUCCCGUUCUAUCCUGAAUCCCCGUACUGGCUAGUUCAACACGGAAGGCAUGAAAAAGCGCGCCGCAACAUUGAGAAGCUGCAUAAGCCUGGUUACGAUGUGGAUGGGAAGAUGGCUGAGAUCCAUGACGCUUUGGCACGAAUAAACAAAGACAACGAAGGUCAGGGCUCGAUGAUCGAGUGCUUCAACCGCAGGAACAUCAAACGCACUCUUGUUGCAACAUCCAUGUUCUUUGUUCAGAAUGCAUGUGGCAAUUCUUGGGUCAUUGGAUACAUGAGCUAUUUCAUGCAGCUAGGUGGUAUGAGUGCAGAGCGUAGCUUUGACACCAGCGUUGGCAUAACUGGGCUCAUGGUCAUUGGCAACAUGGCUGGCUGGUUCUGGGUGGAGUACUUUGGACGACGCAACACUGCUCUUUGGGGAACUAUCAUUCUAUGUAUCACCCUCUACCUCAUUGGAAUUCUUGCAUGUAUCAAAACCAAUGGCGCAAUUUGGGGGCAAGUGGCAUUUAUGGCUGUCUGGGGAUUUGUUUAUCAAGGAACUGUUGGCAGUGUCGCUUGGACCAUUAGUUCCGAGACUCCGACGUCCCGCCUCCGAAUGCCCACGCAAUCUCUGUCAACGAUGAUGAACGGAUUAUCAUCCUGCAUUUGGUCAUUUUCCCUUCCCUAUGCUAUCAACCCAGACCAAGGAAAUCUCGGCGGCAAGAUUGCGUUUAUCUUUGGUAGCGUGCUGGUCUUUGCCACGAUUUUUAUUUAUUUUAUGGUGCCGGAGACGAAAGAUCGCACUUACGUUGAGAUCGAUCAACUCUGGAAACAAGGUGUACCUCCAAGAAAGUUCAAAUCUACAAAUCUGGUCAUUGUAACUGAGGAGCAGCGUGAUAGAUAACAAUAAGCCAGAUAAAAUGUGGCUUUUAUUGUCAUCAAGAUAUUAUCUCGCUCAUUUCGGAUUGGCAUGCGGGUUAGAACUCAACCAUUAACUUGAAAGUACUCAGCAAACACAAACCGUCAGUCUCUUUUGGAAUACAAUAUCUAAAGCGUUGCUCUGUGAUAGCAACUUACGAGUCUUAAUUAUCCCCUUU